AUGUAUUCCCCUAUCGCACAGCCGGUGCUGGAACAUCGCUUCAAGCUCGCCUUUUGGGAAGAAAGCCGGGCUACUAAAACCGCUGUGCAAACCGCCAAGCGGUCCUUGCUUCGUGUCGAGGAUGACUUUGCCAGGUUCACACGUACUCCCGCUCAUGAAGAGGAUAGGAAGAAGUACGCUGACUUGUACGCAGAGGCUGCAUCUCUCGUCGAAAAGAAGGAGGGAAAGCUCCGAAAUCGCCUUCGCAGGAAGCUUCGCAACGAGACGGACGAACAAGUCAUUCUUCGUCACGACAAGGCAGUUGCGUUGAAAUUCUACCCGAACCUCGUCAAACAGCUUGUACUGGAGCUCGAUGCCAUUUCUGCCUGCCAGGAAGCGGUCGAGGGAAGACAACAGCGCCUGACGUGCAACAAAAAGAUUCUUGAUGGCAGAGAGCUGGUCCUGACGCAAGUACGCGCGUGCCGUAUCCACAUCGAUUGCUACAUCGGUAAUAAGACAGAGCUCUACAAAGAGUGGAUGUCUCUCGAGAAGGAAGUUAUGGACGCUAUGAAGGGCAAGAAACUAUGUGCACACUGCCGAAAGAUGGAGAAGGAAAGGAAGAACAAAGAAGCUGAGUCCUCCGCUUCGUGUGAAGGCCCUGUUGGUGAGAACAGUGCUCCCGUCGACCCUGUUGCAAACAGCAGCGUCACUGCUCCACCUACGGAGGCUGAGGUCCUCAAGAGACUCAAGGCCACCAGGGUUCUUUUGAUGAAGGAUCUCGACAUAUUCAACCGAUUCAUCGCCAUCAUCAAAAGUGAGGAACAGGUUCGGGCUGCGCACGCGAAGUGGCUGCUCGAAGUUGACCUCAGGCGCAUCUUCAACAGCGAGCGCAUGAAAGCGGGCAAGGAACCCAUGAAAUGA